CCAGGCCUGGGCCUGGUCUAUCCCUGCCAGAAAUCCAUGCCGAAUUCCCUCACGGGUGGCCAGGUCCCCCCCCUUACUCUGGACACAGUUGGCCUGGUGGACCGGAGCCUGGGAAAUGCAGGGACCUCCGGUUCUGCCCCAGUCUUGGAAGAGGGGAAAAUGGACCCCUGGGCCCUCCCUCAGCUGAAGGACACUGGCCAGUCCUGGAAAGAGCUCAGCGUGGCCGGCAGGGUGCUCCGGGUGGCCACUGGCUUCCUCAAGGCCUGUGGACUCCUGGGCAGCCUCUACCUCUUCAUCUGCUCCCUGGACAUCCUCAGCUCCGCCUUCCAGCUGCUGAGCAGCAAGGUGACUGGAGACAUCUUUAAGGAAAACGUGGUGCUGUCCAACCCUGUGGCUGGACUGGUCAUCGGCGUGCUGGUCACAGUUCUCGUCCAGAGCUCCAGCACGUCUUCCUCCAUUGUGGUCAGCAUGGUGGCCUCCAAAUUGCUGACCGUCCAGGCGUGUGUGCCCAUCAUCAUGGGCGUCAACGUGGGCACGUCCAUCACCAGCACCCUGGUCUCAAUGGCACAGUCAGGGGACCGAGAUGAGUUUCGGAGGGCCUUUGGCGGCUCAGCUGUUCAUGGCAUCUUCAACUGGCUCACGGUGCUGAUCUUGCUGCCACUGGAGAGCGCCAUAGCCCUGCUGGAGAGGCUCAGCGCCCUGACUCUGGGCGCCACCAGCCUGCAGCCUGGGGGGCAUGCGCCCGACAUCCUCAAGGUGCUAACGCAGCCUCUCACACACCUCAUUGUGCAGCUGGACACUGAUGCGAUUGCAAGCAGUGCCACGGGCAACGCCACCAACAGCAGCCUCAUUAAGCAAUGGUGCGGCACCAGGGAGGUGAUGACCUCGGGGAACAGCAGCGACUGUGGAGCGGCGGCCUCCGGCCCCUGCCCUGAGAGGAACGGAACGGCUGCGGUGGAGCUGCUGCCCUGCCACCACCUGUUUGUGGGGACCACGCUCACGGACCUGGCCGUGGGCUUCAUCCUGCUGGCCGCCUCCCUGCUCCUGCUCUGCACCUGCCUCGUCCUCAUCGUCAAACUGCUUAACUCUGUGCUGCGCGGCCGCAUCGCCCAGGCCGUGAGGAAGGUCAUCAAUGCUGACUUCCCCUUCCCCUUCAGCUGGCUCAGCGGCUACCUGGCCAUCCUGGUGGGCGCCGGCCUGACCUUCGUGCUCCAGAGCAGCAGUGUCUUCACGGCGGCCGUUGUGCCGCUCAUGGGGGUCGGGGUGAUCAGCCUGGAGCGGGCAUACCCCCUCUUCCUGGGCUCCAACAUCGGCACGACCACCACAGCCCUGCUGGCCGCCCUGGCCAGUCCCGCGGACAUGCUGCUCAGCGCCCUCCAGGUCGCCCUCAUCCACUUCUUUUUCAAUCUGGCUGGCAUCCUGCUGUGGUACGUGGUGCCUGUCCUGCGGCUGCCCAUCCCGCUGGCCAAACGCUUCGGGGACGUGACCGCCAAAUACCGCUGGGUGGCCAUCGCCUAUCUGCUGCUCAGCUUCCUGCUGCUGCCGCUGGCCGCCUUCGGGCUCUCCCUGGCAGGGAGCACGGUGCUGGCUGCAGUCGGAGGACCCCUGGUGGGGCCGGUACUCCUCGUCAUCCUGGUCAAUGUCCUGCAGCGGCACCGGCCAGCCUGGCUGCCACGCCGUCUGCGGUCCUGGGCCUGGCUGCCGCUCUGGCUCCAUUCUCUGGAGCCCUGGGACCGCCUGGUGGGCCGCUGCUGCCCCUGCAGGGUCUGCAGCCCCCCUCCGGCCGCCGCCAAGGAGGCCCACUGCUACGAGAACCCUGAGGUCCUGGCCUCCCAGCAGCUGUGAAGGGUGGGCACCCCCACUUCGUGGACUUCUGGGUGCCCUGGGGGAUCCUAGUAGCAGGAGACU